AUUGCCGGAGUGAGGUCGGUACAUCGUGCUCUUAAUUUUCAAAAUGGCAGUCUAUUCGCGCCGAAUCAUCGUGCAAACUGGAAAUAUAAUUGACAUGGAAGACCAAAUACGUUUGGUCGGGCAAUCUUCAUCUGAGGAGCUGAAGGGGUGCGUGAAGUCUGCCCUGAACCAGUGGGAGAAGCAGGAGGAGCUCGGUGACGUGGUCGUGGUGCAGGGGCGCCGUGAGCCGCUGCUUCAUAACUCCGCUAGGGGCAUCUCCACCACUGCUAAGAUCUUCCUCUGCGACAACUCCGGCGACACCGUCUUAGAUGCCGUCAAAACAGUGAUGAAGAACGUGGAUCGCCAGUGCAUAGAGAGCGUGAUCGUCGCGCCGCCCGACGUGAGCGACGACUCGCCUCUGCAGGACCUCAUUCCGACGUGGCGCGCCCUCGAGGGCGCCGUGCAUGACGGCAUCGUCAGCCACAUCGGCAUCGCAGACGCCUCCUACAGGCUCUUCAAGGAACUCUACGAGUGGGCCGAGGUGAAGCCGUCGACGCUGCAGAUCAACGUGGACGAUUGCUGCACGGUGUCUGAGCCCAUGACGGAAUUUGCCAGAACGCACGACGUCCAAAUUCUGACCCACUCCGACGACCACGAGAUGCUGGACGAAGACGUGGUGUCCAGCAUCCUGGGUCGCGUGGGCGCCCCGCACUCGAGCUGUCGCGUGCGGUGGCUCGCUCGACACCGCACCAUCCACACGUGCUUUGGCCUCAUCCUCGACAAGGGAUAUACCAUCGCGCUAGACUGCGAUGACUAGACACUUCACUUAUAAUGUUUAUUUUAAUUAAAUUACAAGCCCUAAGUAGAGGAAAAUGCGUUUGUGAUUGUUCUCCAGCGGCCUCUAUUAGAAAUAUUGAUGAUAUCGUUCUGGUGGAAGAAGCAAAUUGAUAUUAAGCUCGAACGCUCGCUUAUAAAUCCCUUUAUCUAAGGGAGAGUUAUGGUCUACGUAUGACUGAGAUUUAUUUAUGUAAUCUUCCAAAAAGAAAUGAUACUUCUAAUUAUUAUUUUGAAUCAUAUAUUCAAGAUUCUUUUGUGGCAAAUGACGAUCUUGACUGUACUAAUUUUAUUCAUCAGAUGCCACGCCCUAGAGUGCUAGUGGUUAAGCAUCCUAUACUAGAAACGGUAAAAAUAAAAGGUCAUCGUUCGUAAAAAUAAAAUGUCAUCAGCCAAUUGAUACUAGCCGACCGUUUGCUAUUCAUCGGCCACCUGGAAACCUCUCGUUGCCCUAAAAUGCGUGCUGGCUCAGAUAUUCCCUCACAAAGACUUUACGCUCGGAGUGUGAACUUCCCGAUAUGAGAAGUUAACACGUCCUAGCCUGGGUGGCUCGCUGCAGAUUUCGGCCGAAUUGUAUUACGUGCAUUAAUAUUCGGCAUAGAAUGAAGUUGUCAGAAGACCUAGUUUAAUUUGAAAUCAUAUGGCGAGACAGCAACAACAAGGGAUGAAUUUGCCCAGUUACCAAUUGCCAAAUUUUCACUCCUACUCAGUCUGGCUUAUCUUACUAUUUUUAACAUCCAAUUUCGAGAUCGGAAGGAAUAACUUGGAUUAUUCUGACUGCGGUAUAUACAUGAUAGCUUACGAUAGGAAAGAAAUUAUUUUUCAAUAAGCUUACUACAGGAAAGAAAUUAUUCUUCAAUACAUUUCUUUUCAGUGUUCUAUCAGAGUUGGGCCCGUCGCUGUCCCUAGUCAUGAUAUCCAAAGCAAUGCGCUUUAUUUUCUGUGCGUAGAUAAAAUUUUGUCAGUUUCAAUGCAUAAUUUGCAAAAUUUAAGCAGCGAUUGUUUAAUUCUAAGCGUUUUGUUCAUCUUUGACCACCUUUAUAAGAUUUUAAGUUCCUUAAUAAUUUUUAUCGCCACUAAAUGUGUUCAGCAAAUUGUUAGCUUUCACAUAUUCAAGCACCGAUAAUAAUUAACUUAUCAAACAUUCGACAAUGUAGGCAGAAUCCCUCACAAGCUGAGGGAAAAUAUGGUAAGAAGUUGAGAAAUUUAGUGCCUUGUUCUAAACUCUUCACAGGCGUUAAAUGAUAUUCUGUUGUGGAUGCUACAUCUACAAACGAGGUCGAGCUUAAGUUCGUGAAGAAAUUUCUCGCAAUGCGAAGUUAGAGCCGAAAGUUGUUAAUGAAUGCAUUUAGGAAACUCGUAAUGGAUGUAGGAGUAAACACUCGAUAGAUGAUUGUUGGAUGUGGUGUUUCGAGCAUUUGGUUAGAUUCUGAAAUCCAAAUUAUAAACUUUUGAGAAAUAAUUGAAAAUUAUUUUAAACAAUAACCUUGAACUAAUUAGUAUAGUCAUGAUUAUCUUGCUGAGUUAGAGAGCAGCUGCUCUACAGACAAAGAAUGUGUAAUUAAUAUAAUUCUUUGACUUGUACUAUUUUCUCAUAUCUACGAAUAUUUUGAUCGAGGGCGAAUUCGUCAUCAUUCCUUGUUUUGUUCGGUGCAAUCGUCCUCUCCAUGUCGGGCUCUUAGGUCGCCUCUAUGGUUAUAGUUGGCGCUCAUGCGCUUAUUGGAGUCUUUGUGAUACUUCUUCUUCGCAGCAUCAUUGGUGCGGUGUGGUGAUGCUCCAAAUAGUAAUCAAGUGCAAUAUAACUUAGGACGCUUCUGCCGCGCAUCGUACGCUCAAGAAUUGACUAAAAAACCCUAUCCAUAUGAUUUGUUUGUUCGAAUAAAUUUAUCAUGAAUUUGUGUAUCUGAGUUUCAAAUCUGUUCUGUA